AUGUUGGAGUGGAAAGGAAUCUUACCACGUCACGUUCCUUCUCUCUCUCUCUCUCUCCCCGCAGGCCCAGCUCUGAAGAAGGCGGUUCUAACAGAGGCGCCAUCUCUGACAGGGCAGCCGGGGGCCGGCCAGGGGAAGAAGAUUGGCCACCGAGGGGUGGACGCAUCAGGUGAAACAACUUACAAGAAGACCACGUCGUCCACGCUUAAGGGGGCCAUCCAGCUGGGCAUCGGCUACACGGUGGGCAACCUGAGUUCCAAGCCAGAGCGAGACGUCCUAAUGCAAGACUUCUACGUGGUGGAGAGCAUUUUCUUUCCCAGUGAAGGCAGCAACCUCACCCCAGCUCACCACUACCCUGACUUCAGGUUCAAAACGUACGCCCCAGUCGCCUUCCGGUACUUCCGAGAGCUUUUCGGCAUCCGCCCGGACGACUAUCUGUAUUCUUUGUGCAACGAACCCCUGAUCGAGCUCUCCAACCCAGGGGCCAGCGGCUCCCUCUUCUAUGUCACCAGCGAUGACGAGUUCAUCAUCAAAACCGUCAUGCAUAAGGAGGCAGAGUUCCUCCAGAAGCUUCUCCCAGGCUACUAUAUGAAUUUGAACCAGAACCCCCGGACGCUGCUUCCCAAGUUCUACGGCCUCUACUGCGUCCAGUCCGGGGGCAAGAACAUCCGGGUGGUGGUGAUGAACAACAUCCUUCCCCGGGUGGUCAAGAUGCACCUAAAGUACGACCUCAAGGGCUCGACCUACAAGCGCCGGGCCUCGAAGAAAGAGAAGGAGAAGUCCAGCCCAACCUACAAGGACCUGGACUUCAUGCAGGACAUGCCGGAGGGCAUCUUGCUGGAUGCUGACACCUUCAGCGCCCUGGUGAAGACGCUACAGAGGGAUUGCUUGGUCCUCGAGAGCUUUAAAAUCAUGGACUACAGCUUGUUGCUUGGGGUGCACAACAUAGACCAGCAGGAACGGGAGCGGGAAGUGGACGGUGCCCAGAGUACCUCGGACGAGAAGCGCCCCGUGGGCCAGAAGGCCCUUUACUCAACCGCCAUGGAGUCGAUCCAGGGCGGGGCUGCCCGGGGGGAGUCCAUAGACACCGACGACACGAUGGGGGGCAUUCCCGCUGUGAAUGGCAAAGGGGAACGUCUCCUUCUCCACGUCGGUAUUAUAGACAUUCUCCAGUCCUACAGGUUAAUCAAGAAGCUGGAACAUACGUGGAAGGCGCUUGUCCACGACGGGGACACAGUGUCGGUCCACCGGCCCAGCUUCUACGCGGAAAGGUUCUUUAAGUUUAUGACCAACACGGUGUUCAGGAAGAGUUCUUCUCUGAAAGCUUCUCCGUCAAAGAAAGGCCGGAGUGCCUUACUCGGCAUCAAGCCCUCAGGCCCGAUGGCCGCGUUUUCGGCGAGCCAGAUCCCCUCGGAGAAAGAGGAGACCCAGUACGAUCUCCGGGGGGCCAGGAGCUACCCCACGCUGGAUGACGAAGGUGCUAAAGUUAACCACGACCAGGGGGAAGGCCGGCCGGAUUUGCUCCCGUGCACUCCUCCAUCUUUUGAAGAAGCCACCACCGCCUCCAUUGCGACCACGCUCUCAUCCACUUCUUUAUCUGUGCCUGAAAGGUCUCCUUCCGAGUCUUCGGAGCAGCCCCGGUAUAGGCGGCGCACACAGUCCUCGGGGCAGGACGGAAGGUCUCACGAGCAGGUCCGGGCCGCCGCCGCCGACCUCCAGCAGAUCACGGUGGAGUUGAAACCCAAGAGCAGCCUUGAGAUCGUGGUCCCUGACGUGGCUGCCGGCGGGGAGGCAGCCUCGUCGGCGUGUGCCGCCACACUCUCAUCGGCCGCCGCCGAAGCCGAGACGGCCAGCCAGGCCUCUGAGCCGGCCAGCCAAGCUUCCGAUGAAGAGGAUCUGCCCGUCCCCGACAUCUAUUUUUUCACAGACGGAAGGUACUGGAUUUACUCCCCCCGCCUGCGUAGGCUCCGGGCCGCCUCCAUUUCCUCUGGGGAUCCGCCGACCGACGAGAGGAGCUGGGUGUAUUCCCCUCUCCACUAUACCGCUCAGAUUCAGUCAGUCUCCGACGAGGAGAGUGACACAUAACUUCUAUGCAAGAUCCUCCCCUCCCAGAGAGGAAUGCGUGCCCUUCAGCUGCCGAGCCCAAGCAUCCCCUUCUGGCCAGCCCUGUUGUUCUUUUGACCGAGCAAGAGGGGAAAUGGAGGACUCCCUGCCGGUGUCCGGCCGCCUUCCAGGACCCCAAAACCAUUUGCCAGACAGACGGAGCACCUCACUCCUUCCUCCCUUUCCCCCCCAAAUGGUCUCCCCCCCACAAGCAGAUCCUGACUCAGGAAGGGGUCCUCAAAGACCCAGCUGGGGCCGUGAACUCUGGAUAGUGACCGACGUAUAUAUAUUAUUUUUCCCAAAGUGCACUACUGUAGCCACCCAGCUGUAUGUGAUACUGUGAACUUUUCUUCCAAACCCGAUUAUUUAUUUUGUUUGUCUUUGCACGGACUUGGCACAAUUGUGCACCGGGGUGUGGGGGGAGAGAAACAAGCAAAACUUAGUUUACUGCACUUUGCAGCGUGGGGGGGGCAACCCUUGGAGUGGGUAACUCUUUUGGAAGCGGGUGUCGGUGGCCAGCCCUCAGCCAGAGAAGCGGCCACCAUCGCCAGCCCCAAACCUGGAGCCUCCAUAAGAGAAGCGAGCCGUCGGACAGACAGACCGGGAAGAGCUGAAAUCUCCAGCCAAAACCCUGAAGCUUCUUUGUCUGUUUUGGGACGGACGUUCUUGCUGAGCUUGAGGAAGAAGCUUCUUUGCUUUCCACUUGCCUGAGGUCUUGGCUUCUUCAUCUAAAGGUAUCUCCAUUCCACUGCAACCUCGGACCUCUGUCUUUGGGAUGUUUCCACGUAACUCCUGGGCCCGCUUAGCAGCCCCUGCUCCUCAGGAGAACAUCGCAGGAGGUCUUCCUACAGACUCGCCCACCUCCUGCACUCCUUCUGUGAUCCCGCUUGGCUUCCGGGCCCGGCUGGGGAAACGAGCCGCUUUGGAACUUAAGAAGAAGCCAGCUGGAAAGCAGAUGACUUUGCCCGAGAGACAGAAAGGGACGAUCCCGCUUCUGGCAUUUUUGGGGGAAAGCCUUUUGAACAUGCUGUGCUCAGCAGGCGCCGUGGGGAAGAAGAGGGUGGGUCUCCCAGCCAAGCCAUCUGGAAGCCCACGUGUUUGCGCCCUCGAGAAGACAGAUGUGUUGCAGUGCCUGCCGCUUGACUUACACAUGGAAGCGAGAGCUGAUGGGGGUCAGUUACCUGUGGGACCGGCAGGCCCCUUCCAGGGAAGUCCCGCCAAAAAAGAGCAGCAUUUCUGUUAUAAACCCACCCACUGUCAGACUGGUAAAACCAAGGCCACGCUAAGCGCUUCCCGUACUUCAUUCUUCUCCCCCCCACCUCCUUUUUGAUGUCGUUUGCUCACUGUGAACAAAACAUUCUCUUUUUUAAAAAAAGAAAAAUAUGACGAGGAAAGUUUGAACGCUUCAUCCUCAGCUCCUCGGGAGGCGGCUGCGUAUGGAGGGCUUUCCCACCAGAUAGAAGAACACCCCCCCCAUCAAUAACCUUAACAUCUUUUGCUCCCCAGAGAGGUAGGCCCAUCCAAGGACUCACUUCCCUUUCUGCUGUCCCGUUGUCUUCCGGCGGGCUUCAGAGCGAGAGCUGGCAUGAGCCACUUAAAGAACCCCAGGAUCUCCCGGCAGAAAGAGAGGACCACGGGGCAUGAGCCCGGCACCAAGCCAGCAUCCUUCCAAGAAAACAGCGUUUGCAAUCUGAAUGGGCUCGGGUUUCCAUUUUGAGGCAUUGCCGAAUACCCAGGUUUUGCUGGAGCGCUUCCCGAUCUGUCCCUUCUCGAGUGUGGCCGAGAGGGUCGUCCCUGAUGUGUCGAUCUGAGUGAAGUCACAAAAUGGAGACGAGGGUGGCGCUCCAACCUGCCUCUGGCUUCCUCCCGGGAGCAGCUUCGGGCCCUCUCUCUCUCCUUCCUCUUCACCUCCUCGAGACCCAUCACCCUGCGCCAUUGGGCGUCCCCAGAAGUCUCGACAAGCCGCAGGGCAGAAUUGACAGUUUCGGGGCAAGGUUUCGCCCCCACCCCCCGAUCCGGAUAUCCGGACCCUGAAGUGAGGCUUUUCACGUUUAUGGCGCUUCUUGGCCACCAACCACUGGCUGGCAGCCUAC